UUAUUGUAUUUACAGAUUUAUCUUUAAAAUCACUGACAGUCAUAACGGAAAUGCACCACAGAUCUCGCCAGCACGCACAAACACAGUCAGCCUGCAUAUAAACACAGAGAGAAUGUAGACGCACCAAGACAGCAGAGCGGUGCUUCACAACUAAAGUCUGGGCUCUGCAGGCAGGACGACACAGUCAUGAAGCCGGUGUUGAGAGCUUUGCUGGUGCUGGGCCUGGCCACACUGUUGCACACCACCAGGACAGACCAGGAGGUCUCUGUGAAGUUGGGGCGUAGAACCAAACUGAAGGGCAGCAUAGGGAGACUGGUCCUGGAUCCCUCAGUGCAGCCUCAGAUUGGCAUCAUGUCGUCCUCAACCAUCGCCAACAUGUCUCUGUCACCAUGGACGUACAAAGAAUCCUGCAUAGCAUCUCGGUUGCCUAGGCGGAUAUCCCAUGCUAAAUGCCUGACCUCCGGCUGUUUGAGUUUGCAGGGAGAAGGAGAGGACGCAGGCUUGGUGGCUAAACCUAUCUACUACCAGGUCCUAGUCCUCCACAGAGUCCCAAGGCAAAGGCGCAACAACAGCAGAGGGGGGAAACCAAGGAAAAAGUAUUAUUUCAAACUGGGGACGGAGGUGAUAACAGUGGGCUGUACCUGUGUGAGGCCUGCUGUCGUACCCCAUCUGUAACACACAGGAACCUUGUGGUGUUAGCAACUCUUUCAGUAUACUGUAGGCCAGAGGAACCUUAGUUUUGUUGCUUAGUUUUGCUCAGUGCCUGGAUGUCUAUGAUAUAACGAUUAUGUUAUUUGAUCCCGUAGAUACUCAACAAUUGAGCCAAGAUAGUCUAAUUUUGCUGUUUGACAUAACUUCAGACUACACCAAAUACUUAAAAAAGGUCUGUCCUACAACAUUAGUUAGUUUCUGACUCUGGGAAAGAGGAAAAAAACUUCAAAACUACUCUCUCUUUAACCAGAUCACACACUAAUUUGGGCAAUUAUGUGAUCUCCAUUUGAUAACUACUGUAAUAUUAUUUCAAUUCCAUUCACUGAGCCUCCCUUGAAACAAUUUGGAGCCCCCCCUGGGGAGACAGACACUCUGUCUGUGAAGAAAUUCUCUGACUCAUUCUAGUGCUUCUAAUGGAAUUUGCAUGAAUCCACUGGGCCUGAAUGGAAACAACAAAUCAGAGCCAAGAAAGAUAGUUGACUGCUGAGUCUCAUUCCCAGGUCGGUAUACAGAUGCUUUGGGACCUUGGGACUGAGACUCAACAGACAACUAUCUUCAAGCCUCCAACCCAAAGCGCCUUUCUUGGCUCCGAUUGGUUGUUUUGUUCAAGCCCAAUGGAUUAUUGCAAACGCUACAGGAUGAUAUUUUAUUUUUAUUUCAUUUUAUUGCUAAUGUGAAAGGGCCUUUGUUUUGACUGUUUUUUAUUUAGCAUGUCUCCACUUGAUGGCAUAUUAGCCAUUAGCCUGCCGGCAACGGUUUUUAUUAUUAUUAAUUAUAUUAUUAUUUUAUUAUUUUUAUUAUUUUCAAUUGCCUGAUAUGUUGUAAACAUUUUCUCCGGAUAGGAGUCUUGAAAGGGAUGUUGUUCAAAAUAUAUAUUUGCAUAUGGUAAUAUAAAUUGUUGGGGUAUCUGUAUGUUUUUACAUUUUGUCUAAUUUUAUUUCUGUUUUGAUUCAUGGUUGUUUUGAACUCAUAUCUGAUAAUAAACCUGUUCUUAUUUUAUUGUAAACAA